AUGAGACUUCCCGUAGAACUUGCGCUCCUUAUCGUGCCCUUCCUCCAGCUCAUCACUGCGCUUCCUGUCGAACGCAGAAGCACACCUUUCCGCUCUUUCCGCGGCCUCACGCCCCUUGUCAACUCCUUUUCCAAUGGGCAUACGUACGCGCACGCGCCGACCAAAUACUUUUACGAAUCCACCUUCAACAGUCAUUAUGACGGCCGAUUCGCUUCUUCUGAGGUUCCCUUCCAAGAACGAAUAUGGCACCUCAGGCUUAUGUUGAGAGCGUAUACAGAAACGAUGGAAAGGAUUGGGGUACAAACUUGGAUCAUGCACGGGGUAUUGCUAGGCUGGUGGUGGGGCGGAGGCCUGAUGCCAUGGGACAAGGAUUUGGAUUUCAUUGUAGAAGAGGAAGGAGCUGCAGAACUAGGGACAUGGUGGAACAUGACAGUCCAUCAUUUCGAUGCUCGGGACCUAGGGCUCGAGAUUGCACUAGACAAUGCAGACAAUCAGGUCAAGCAAGGAAAUGAAUUGGUCGACUUGAAACAGCACCACGAAGACGAAGAUACCCGCUCAAAACGUCUCGCAUGGGAAGAAGAGAUCAAAACAACCGGCAAAAAAUACCUGAUUGAGGUAAACCCAAAUUACACCAACAAAUCGACAACAGAUAUCUACAACCAUAUCGACAUCCGCUGGAUCGAUGUUUCCACUGGUCUCUACAUCGACAUUACGACCAUCCACGUCGGAGAAAAAAGGGAACUCGCUGAUUCCCCCUACUCCAGCACGCACCCCUCAGCCCACGAAGCCGAUCCCGAUGCCUUCGAUACCGAAACCCAACUCUACGUCAAAGACACACACGCUUACCUCUCCACGCAGCUCUUCCCCCUCCGACAAUCUACAUUUGAAGGCGUGAAGGUCAAAGUACCAUAUGCGUACGAAGAAGUGCUGAUGGAGGAAUAUGGGUCAGAUGCCCUGACUGAGGACUGGUAUAAUGGGUACCAGUUUGACAAGGAGAGUAAGCAGUGGAAGAAGCAGCAUGAGCCGAGUGAGGAACAAAAAGAGUAUUUUAUGGAGAAAAAUGGGAAGGAUGUAGGGAGAUUGAGUAGUACAGGGAGGAUUGGACAUGGAUGGAGAGGGCAAGGUGCGCUUGAAGGGGCUUUGAAGGAAGAGGGGGCGCAGGUGGGUGUUGAAGAUCUAGAGGCAGGGAGAUGGACGGAGUAG